CGGUUCGCUGUCUACGCGACGCGUCGGUUGCACUUUGCGCGCGAAAAUAAAAUGUCAUCGUGAUUUUUUUUUCUUUUUAAAAUGGGUGAGCAAACGUUUAACAUAACAGACGAUAAUUUGGAACAGCAUAUAGUGACUUUGUUUGAGAAGUUGGAGUGUUUGCGUCGGGAUAAUUCGAAUGAUAGAUUGUUGUCUGGCAAAGUGCCGGCCAGGCUGGAAGUGCGGACUCUGUCACUGUGGAAGGCCGUGGUGGCUGAAUGUGCCGCGUCGUUCCUGUACGUGUUUAUCGUAUGCGGAGCGGCGGGGGGUGCAGGGGUCGGGGCUUCGGCCUCCGCCGUGCUUCUUUCCACGGCUCUCGCUUCCGGCUGUGCGAUCGCUACAUUGACUCUAUGCUUUGCACAUAUAUCUGGUGCGCACAUAAACCCCGCGGUAUCCGCAGCGUUGUGCGUGCGGCGCCGAGUGUCUCUGCUACGGGCCGCACUGUACGUCGCGGCGCAGUGCGGCGGCGCUAUCGCGGGUGCGGCCGCUAUCUAUGGGGUGUCUGUGCCCGGGUACGCAGGUGGUCUGUCUGCGUCGCUAGCGGGGGGUGCGGGAGGCGCUGCGUGGGAGCGACUGGGUGCCGAGCUGGUGCUGUCGGGGCUGGUCUCCGCCACGUACUUCGCGGCCAUGGAGCGUCGCUGGACAGGCGCUGCACCAGCGUUGCUCGGAGCUGCCUACUGCGCCGCUAGCUUCGUCUCGAUGCCUUCACUAAACCCAGCAAGGUCGCUGGGACCAUCGUUCGUGCUAUCACGCUGGGAGAGUCACUGGGUCUGCUGGGUCGGCGGGCUGGGUGGAGGUGUCGCCAGCGGGCUGCUUCACGAAUGGGCCUCACGGAAACCUCGAGGAAAUUCCACGAGGGCAUCAUCGCCGCGAGACCUGGACGACUUAGACAAGCCGGCGUUCCCGAGCCACCACUACCGCCAUGCUUCCACGUACUGCUCGGCCACCGCGCCUCGACCGGGUCCUGAGACCAGCGAGCCUCUGUACUCCGGCAGCAAGUCGCUGUACUGCCGGUCACCACCGCCAGCCAGGCACACGCUGCACAGGUCCCAGUCGGUAUACAGCAAGAGUAGUGGCGCAGGCGGUGCGGGGGGUGCAGGUGUCACGACCCUGGCUCCGGCGCAGAGCCUGUUGCUGCGGCCACCGCACUCCGUCAACCAGAACGUGCACAACGCGCAGCGGGAGCCACUGUACCCUGCCGCCAACGGGAUCCGACCGGGACCAGCUGGUGCGGCCGUUCAAGAUCGUCGCGAGUCUCUAUACAGCUCGGGCACCCGGCGCGGACCGCUCUCGUCCGAGGACAGUGCGUACGGCAGUUACGCCCAGACGCUCGCACACACGACGCACACUGCGCAUGCGCACGGGCCGCACGCGCGUGCAUUCCGCUCGCCGCUGCACCCGCCCGAACACUACUAGCGCCGCGCCUCGCAGCACAAUAUUGCGCUGCUCUUUGACGUUUGAGAUGCGUCACAAAAUGACAUUAGCACAAUGACAUUGACACAACAAAAUGGUGAAUCGUGAAGCCGUGAACUGUGUCCUCUUUAGUGAUUUCACUCGAGGCAUCAUCAAAACCGUAUCUAAAAUACAUAAACGUUGUACAACCAUUUGCCGUUUUGUAAUACAUUACGACCCAAAUUAUAUGUAAGCAAUUUGCUGUUUUUAAAGUGAUUACCACUUCUGGAAUUAAUUAAUUACACAAAUUAAACUGAAAAAUAAAUUCUUUAGUUUUGCUAGAGCGACAUCUCAAGUCAAUUUCCUAAUAUGCAAAUAUUGGGGUUGAGGUUAUCAACUGUAAAGUAGAUCCUGUAGAUGAAGCCACAACCUGAGAGUUGAACAAAGCAUACAAGAUUUUAUGAACGAUACGUCACUCGAACGGUUGGCUCAGUUGGAAAGAGCGCUCGCACGAAACGCGACAGGUCGAGGGUUCGUGUACCGCAUUGUUCAUAAAAUUUUGUUUUCAGUUUCAUUUGUCAAAGUAUAUGGGCAAAUGAUACCAGGUAACAUCAUAUCUACACAUAAAAAUAAAUAUGUUAAUACACCUUAUAUAAUUUAUACUAUGUAAAUUAAUACUAAUUAUAUACUUAAAUAAAUCAUGUACAUAUUUAUGAAGAUAUAGUUGAAUUUUUUUAAAGAAACUUCUUUUGUGAGAAGCAUUACCCUGGUUGUAAAAGGAUACGAUAAUUUUCGUUCGCAAUUAUUAAAAUAUUUCGUACGGCACGAAAUGCUCGGUAUGACGUUGUAAUAACAUCGCGCGACACUCGCUAGGUGCGCUCUCACCUUUAUGAGUGUAGUGACGUCACAGCGGUUUCUUGCACUGUAAGUAAAACAUUAUACACGUUCUAAACAAAGGAAGAACUCUUUUCGUUGAAUUUUUUGUCUAAAAUUGAAUAGAAAAUAUAAUUGCAUUGCAAUUUGUAUUCUUUAAUGUUUAUUAUAAGUUAUUUUAUAUAUUCUUAGUUCUUUUAACUCAAAGACAGAGAUUUAAGGAUUCAAUCAUUUUCUUAACUUUUCUUUAUACUACAACGUUUACCUACCAAAUAAUUUCGAUGUUAUGUUAAAAUAUAAAAUGUUAUAAUUAACAGUGUAUUUUUUGUUUAUUAUGAGUAUCAUAGCAUCUUACCGAAAUAUAAUAAUAAUUAAUAACCAAAGAUUGAGCAUUGGUGUCCGCUGCGCUCCGCCUAUAUACCGCACUACUUAAGAACAAUAGCUUUCUUGUUACGGCAACUAUUAGACGCUUGUGUGCGUGGCAUCUUGACACCCAAUGGCAUCUUUCAAAUUUUGUAACAUACGCUUCGUGAUAUUUUACAUUGAUAUUAAUAAAAUACAAAAUACUUACUCAUGAUCCCAGUGCCUUUCUUAUAUCUUGUAGCAUUAUUUUUACAAAGUUUUACUACGCAACGUUACCACAACUUUAACAACAUGUGGCAUGUCAAUGUCACACACUGUUCGAGACUGGCUCCAGUACGCCCACUUGGGCGUAGUAUUAGUUGCCGCACUUUGGAACUACGCCUGCGGUAUCUAGUUGGAGCACAGCUGAGACCAAUCCUUAAUCUAAGUUAAUAACAUACCUAUGUAUGCUGUAUCUACGGCUUGUAACUAUCCAGUUGAAAAUAAUUAAUAUAAGUAUAGUUUAUUUUAUAAGAAAAGACAUGUACAUAAACUAUGUAUAACAAUGAUAUUGAAAUAAAGGGUUUAAAUUGUACAGUUAAAUGUGCCAUAUAAGUAAUAUUUAGAUAGACAAGUAAAUUAAUUUUAAACGUAGAUAAUUAAAUUUUUCAAAGGUUUUCCUAUUUCAUAUUGUUCAAUAUUAUAAAAUUAUACAACGAAUAGUUUAAUGCUGUUUAAUUGUUCAACAAUUGAAACUUAUAUACCUAUGAUAUUACAUAUUAACAUAAUGAAUAUCGUAUUAAUAUAGUUUAGUUCAGAUACGUGUUGGUAAUUCUCUACUAACAAUGAAUAACAAAUGUAUUAUGAAUAAUUGUUUUUUCUCUUUAUAUGCUGUCAAAACCAAUAAAUUUAACAUUAACUUGUCUGUCCUUCUAGAGUUGAUUAAUGUUUUGAAAUGACUCGGAAUAGGGAAUUUUUUGGUACCGAGGUCCAAAGCUGUUGUCAAGCGCAGGCUGCGAUCUAUCAGUAAAAUAAUUAGCGGGCCGAAAAUUUGUAACAGAAUCUGAUAUAAACUAGAGAAAAUACUUGAUUUAAGUAAUUAAUUGCCCAUAAGCUUUGACAAUAUCUUAUAAAUUCGAAAGACUACCUAAUAACUUGUGAACCUAGACUAAAACAUGGAGGCAUAUUUAAACUCGUAUUGAAUAUCACAAUGGCCGAAAUUUAGAUUUAUAAUCGGAAAAUAUGCGAUGCUCUAUCUCGGUUUACUACUUUGUUUAUAAUAUGAUGCGGGUUUGAAAAAAGCCGUGCAAAACAAAUCAAACCAAAAUGAAUAAAAAAUGUUCAAAAACAAUGUUCUUUAUGGAAACAAAUGCGGUAUCUAAUCGACGUAAACGUACCUAAAAAUUAUUAUAUUCUAGUAGUUGAGACAUAAGAAGACUGUUACCUUUAUUUUUAAUAAGGCUUCCAAAUAUUUCUAAUUAUAAGAUAAUUAAUUACUAUUGUACCUAUUAUAAUUUGUACAAAUGUUGUUAAACUUUGUAUUGUAUUUUCUAGUACAAUCAAUGUUACUCAUUGCAUCUGAAUCUAUAAACCUAGUUUUUAAUUACGUACAAAUAUCAAUGCUCCUAAAUACAAAGUUCUAUAUGCCCGUAUUAAAAUGCGCCAAAGAGGAUGUAAAUACUACGUAAUAAGAGGCGAGACUGUCUAAGUAAAAAUUCAAAUUUAGUUUAGUAUGAAACAUACAGUCAUUUGACAUAAGUUUGAAAUAGUAGUUAAAGUAUAGCGAUUGGCGACGAAGUAUAAUCCGGCUAAGUUUGAAAGCGAACAGUUGCUUAUAACGUAGUGGAUCUCCUUUUUAACAACAUUACAACCGUCACCUGUCAAUCUGUCAAUGACUGCACGUUUCAUACAAUCGAGUGUAUUGCUUUGUUCUUAGAGUUUCGCUAGGCUGAAAAGUGCCAUUUUAUUGAAGCCGCACAUCUCAGAAUACAGAACAAACAGUAUCAGCUCAUCUUUAUUAGACCUUUCUAGCGAUACCACUGACUGUUGUAACUAUACUUAGUUACAUUUUAAACGCGUACGAAAAUAAACAUUUUAAACACUUACUUACGUCGUAAGGUACCAAUAUAAAUAUUAUCUCGCGUAAUAAAUUUAAAUUUGAAAACUGUGUUAAAUUUUAUUCAUCACUUUGUUAAAAAGAGCGUAGUAUGUUUGUAUUUACCUAAUAUUAAAUUUGAAUAAUUUGUAAAUAAAUAUAAUUUUACUUAAAUAUA